AUGCUUUCCGAAGCAAACGCGGCUAAAGAGCAUGCUUUGACCGAGAUUUCUCAUCUUCGUGCAACCGCCUCUACAUCAUCUCCGAGAUGCAUGGACAUUAACAAAGAGGAGACAACUUCUGAGGCAGGUUCUCUAGUUACUAAUCCGACCACUACCACUUGCUCGAUAACCUCUGCUUCGACAGCCAAUAUGGUCCGGCUCACAAGCCAGUUAAGUGACGAGAUGCGAACUAGGCAGGCGCUAACGUCUCAAUUGGCUAAACUGCGCAACAUUGUAGGGCUUGGCCUGGAUGCUCUCAAAGAAGAGCAGGCAACUAGCGAACGCCUCCGCCAACAAGUUAUUCAGUUAAAGCGUGCUCAGAUUUUGCCUCGAGACCAAUCGGACAAAGGACACCAUGAUCCCUCUGAACUCAGCCUUCCGCCAGACAAUAAAGAUACAGAAACGAAUGUCGCAAAUAAUUGCGGGGUUGCUAAUAUAGGACAUUUUAAUGGAGCCAUACAACCAGUGAAUGGAUCCUCUAAGGUAAAUACAUCGCAUCCUUGUUUAGAUUUAUGUAUCUAA